AUGUCGCGAUACGACUACAGCACCUCCAACUUGCCGUGCACCACAGACGUGCCGCAUGGCUUCGCCACCAACCAGCCGCAACUGCAAGACAGUGGACUAGCGCCGCGACGUGAUCGUUAUGGUCGCUUCGCACACCCGCCGUUCUACUUACCAGCGCACAGUAUUGGCUCGGCCGCUCGACCCACAGAUAUGGGCGACUCCCACAACGAUCAGCCCGUACUCGACAUGAGAGAUCCCUGGAUCCUAGAGGGAACGGAGGCUGCAUUGCCAUGGAUGCGGUCUCCCAUUCCAGACUUCUCGAGGCCGCCUUUUGGAUCGGCUCCGGAGCAGGCUUCUAAUGAUGCUGAUACAGAGGUGCAGGAGACCGAUACUGUCAGGGCGCACGUAUCUCCGGGCUCAGCUCUCGGCGAUGGGGACUCUGAUUGGGACAUGAAGGAGGAAAGCGAGAGCGACGAGCCUACAGACCAAGGAAAGAGGCAGGAAGCCGGCACGGCCAAGGGCAAGGGCUCUAUCAAGCUUGAGAAGGGCGCCUCGCCUUGCCCAGAUACUGAGGACGAGUAUUCUGACUGGGGCAUGGAUACCGAUAGCGAGGGCGGCGAGUGUAUCGACGGCGAGUACGAUCUUGCUUCUUCAGACGACGAGUACAUCGACAAACCUCGGCCUGAUCGUUCCGCGCCGUCGUGCGCCCCGCACGAACUCAAACACAAGAAGACACCCCGGACAAGACGCUCCUCCGGUCUCGCAGACUCCACAAUAUCGAAGGAUGGCUCACGGCCGGUAUCAGUGAGCCAGCGCGGCGGAGGGCAUAAAACGCUGCUAAACAAUCAUGAGCGCAGAUACAGGGCACUACUGGAUGUCCUGAUUGACCGGGGUAUAAGGCGUACAAGGGCCAUACAUAAUGACCUCAUACCGAUUGCCUAUCUGAGGGAGCUGGUGAAACGCGUGGCCUCCGCCACUGACGAAAAUCGAUAUCGUGGGCACGUCAUUCACAGGACGCUCGCGAGAGAUGAGUCCGAAACACCGCAGUACUCUCUCCUGGAUAAAACCAGCGUCCCCAGAGACUUCCGCCGGACACUGAGCUUCCAUGGUACCCAUAGGAAAGCGUACGUGUAUACAAGAAGUACAGGCGAGACAUCGUCAUCCCGAGAAUCUCGCGAGUCAAGACGAUACGCCUCCGAGGGGAAGCCUCCACCCCUCACUCAUAAGGAGAAGAGAAAUCGUCAUCUACGGAAGGUAGUCGAGGCUUUCAAGAUCCUGGAAGCUCGCGGCAUACGCUGCACGUCAAUGGAGAGUCGCGUGACGGUGAAAUUACAGCUGGGCUUUUUGGAGAAUCUGAUUGAUCAGACGAGACCAGGGUCCAAUGAGGCGGGAGGAGGCUCGUGGUCUGGAUUCGUCAUCGAUGAUCAGGCGAAGAAGAAGGACCCACCGAAGGCCGUGUUAUUGGACUGGAGCAGGGACGCUCCGUCGCGUCGGCCGACAUAUUCCCUAUUAGCAGCGCCUUGUCUCCUCGGAGUUGGAUGCACACAAUAUGCUGCUCCCGGUAUGACAGACGAGGAGACCCGAUGCCACCUCAAGAGGCCGGAUCACUAUGAUAUGGAUUGUCUGCCACUUACCUCCAUGACACCCCCGCCCGCUGUGUUCCUGAGAAGCACGGCAAAGGCAUCGAGUGUGCUUCUUCCAGCCCGACCUCAGUGUCAUAGAGGAGCCUUCACUUCGUACUCAUACUUGGCCAAGUUCCUCCUGGCAAUCAUAAGAUACCGUCGCAACAGAGAAGAAAUGCUGACACUUCUGACGGAUCGGGAUAUCGUGCGCACCAAAGCCGUCAACACCACCAACAUACCCGCAGAGUACGUCAGGCAAUUGGCAAACCUCAUGAUUGCCACCACUGACGAAGAGCGGUAUCGUGGACACGCCAUACACAUGACGCGCGCUGGUGGCGAAGACUCCAUACCGCACUACUCUUUACUGCCUGAAAGAGAUAUUCCCAGCGCAUUCAAGGACACUCAGCCUCUCCGCCGUCGUCGUAGAGGGCCCGGAUCGGCAUACCAGCCGUUUACAAUAUCUAGCGGGUUCAACGACGUGCACUCGAUCGGGAUCGCACCCUCAGCCGCCUAUCAUGUUACCCAGGUAGAGGCGAGGAACGAGACAGCCACUUGGGCAGAGGUACCUGGGGUCUCAUCUGUUCCAAAGCAGCCGCCCCGGCCUUUGGCCAAAAGUCAAAGGCGGAAAGAGAGCCGGCCCUUGGCCCAGUCCCCAGAAGUACGGUCGACCAAACGAAGCCGACAGCCCCCGGACCCGGAGCAGGGUCAUUCAGGGUCAUUCGCUGGAUUCGUCAUCGAUGACCGGGCAAGCAGAAAGAAGGCCUCUAAGGCAGUUCUGCUGGACAGUGACUGGAGAAACGUUCCUGCAUCGGGCAGGGCCACCUAUUCCCUGCUCGGUGCGGGGUGGAUGCAACCAUUCCUGGAGGAAUCGCUCUGCGCUGUCCUAGCCUAA